CCCGCCCCCGCCCCGCACAGCGCGCUCUGGGUUGCGUUCCCGGGGUUCAUCCUUCACUCGCCAGGAGGGAAUCCCUUCGUCUUUCUCAAGUAGUGUCACUCCUGGGCAGCGGGGACUCGAUCCUCGCUUCCCACUCGCAUUCCACCUUCGGGGGACAAUCUAGUUUGUGCGGGGCGACUUGAGUGGGCGCCUCGCCGCCCCAGUCCAAGUACCUAUGACCAAGGCACGCGUGUGCAACGUGGCUGGUAGGGGACUGGGCUCCAGGGGCUCGUCCGUCAAUCGGGACUGGCUUCCCCGGGAUCCCUUGUUGGGGGUGGGGCCGCGACUCGGACCGUCCGGGUUGGGCUUACAGUCAGAGAAACUGCGGGGCCAACAGACCACCCUGUUCCUUCGGCUCCGCCCUGCGAAAGUCUUACAGCCAGGAGGAGGAGCUCCGGGAUGGGAAGGUCCGCGCACGCGCCGCACGGGGACUCCAGAAGCGUAACUGAGAAAUGAGAUGGAGAAGUACGAGCGGAUCCGAGUGGUGGGAAGAGGUGCCUUCGGGAUCGUGCACCUGUGCCUUCGGAAGGCUGACCAGAAGCUGGUGAUCAUCAAGCAGAUCCCCGUGGAGCAGAUGACCAAGGAAGAGCGGCAGGCAGCACAGAACGAGUGCCAGGUGCUCAAACUGCUCAACCACCCCAAUGUCAUCGAGUACUAUGAGAACUUUCUGGAGGACAAGGCCCUCAUGAUUGCCAUGGAGUAUGCACCAGGUGGCACGCUGGCUGAGUUCAUCCAGAAGCGCUGCAACUCGCUGCUGGAGGAGGAGACCAUCCUUCACUUCUUCGUGCAGAUCCUGCUGGCGCUGCACCACGUGCACACCCACCUCAUCCUGCACCGGGACCUCAAGACCCAGAACAUCCUUCUCGACAAGCACCGCAUGCUCGUCAAGAUCGGCGACUUUGGCAUCUCUAAGAUCCUCAGCAGCAAGAGCAAGGCCUACACGGUGGUGGGUAGCCCGUGCUACAUCUCCCCCGAGCUGUGUGAGGGCAAGCCCUACAACCAGAAGAGUGACAUCUGGGCUCUGGGCUGUGUCCUGUAUGAGCUAGCCAGCCUCAAGAGGGCCUUUGAGGCUGCGAACUUGCCAGCUCUGGUGCUGAAGAUCAUGAGUGGCACCUUUGCACCCAUCUCUGACCGAUACAGUCCUGAGCUGCGCCAGCUCGUCCUGAGUCUGCUCAGCCUGGAGCCUGCCCAGCGGCCACCGCUCAGCCACAUCAUGGCGCAACCCCUCUGCAUCCGGGCCCUCCUCAACCUCCACACCGAUGUGGGCAGCGUCCGCAUGCGGAGGCUUGUGCAGGGAGAUGGGUCCUGGGCCCCAGGGGCGGGCACCCAGUGGGAACACAGGGCAGAGAAGUCCCUGACCCCAGGACCACCCCUGGCUCCUGGCAGCACAGGGAUGAGGGCCGCCAGUGCCCGAUGCAGGGGCGUCCCCCGGGGACCUGUGAGACCAGCUAUCCCACCUCCGCUGUCUUCGGUGUACACGUGGGGCGGUGGCCUCAGUGCUCCUCUGAGGCUGCCGAUGCUCAACACUGAGGUGGUCCAGGUGGCUGCAGGACGCACGCAGAAGGCUGGCGUUACACGCUCCGGGCGCCUCAUCCUGUGGGAGGCCCCACCCCUGGGCACUGGAGGAGGCACACUGCUCCCUGGGGCAGCAGAGCUGCCCCAGCCCCAGUUUGUCUCACGUUUCCUGGAGGGCCAGUCGGGUGUGACCAUCAAGCAUGUGGCCUGCGGGGACCUGUUCACGGCUUGCCUGACUGACCGAGGCAUCAUCAUGACCUUUGGCAGCGGCAGCAAUGGCUGUUUAGGCCAUGGCAACUUCACUGACAUCAGCCAGCCCACCAUUGUAGAAGCCCUGCUGGGCUACGAGCUAGUGCAGGUGUCCUGUGGGGCCUCUCACGUGCUGGCCCUGUCUACAGAUGGAGAACUGUUUGCCUGGGGCCGAGGAGAUGGUGGUCGGCUGGGAUUAGGUACUAGGGAGUCCCAUAACUGCCCCCAGCAAGUGCCUGUGCCCCCAGGACAGGAAGCUCAAAGAGUGAUUUGUGGUAUUGACUCUUCCAUGAUCCUCACCUUGCCUGGCAGGGUCCUGGCCUGUGGAAGUAACAGGUUCAACAAGCUAGGCUUGGACCGCUUAUCCCUGGAGGAGGAGCCUAUUCCCCACCGGCAAGUGGAGGAGGCCCUGAGCUUCACAGCGCUGGGCUCUGCGCCUCUGGACCAGGAGCCGCUGCUGUGUGUGGACCUUGGCACUGCUCAUUCAGCCGCUGUGACUGCCUCUGGCGACUGCUAUACUUUUGGCAGCAAUCAACAUGGGCAGUUGGGCACUAGUUCCCGCCGGGUCAGCAGGGCACCCUGUCGGGUCCAAGGCCUAGAGGGCAUCAAGAUGGUGAUGGUGGCCUGUGGGGAUGCCUUCACCGUUGCCAUCGGGGCAGAAGGGGAAGUGUAUUCUUGGGGCAAAGGCGCCCGAGGUCGCCUGGGAAGGAGGGAUGAGGACGCUGGACUCCCUCGGCCAGUGCAGCUGGAUGAGACUCAUCCUUACGUGGUGACCUCCAUGUCCUGCUGCCAUGGGAACACUCUCUUGGCUGUUCGAUCCGUCACAGAUGAACCAGCCCCUCCCUGAGGCAACAGGAUUAUCCAAGAGACCACCUCUGCGCACUCUGGCAAGAUGCAGGUGCCUGAGGAACGGCUGUUUCCGGCGUCCCGGAUUGUGUCAUCACGGGCGGCAAGGCCGAUGAAGUCUACUCCGUUAGAUGAAGUCUUCUCCGUUACCCACGCCGCUGCCCCCAAACCCCUGAUCGCACUCGGUGUCUCCAGGCUCCAGAAUGGCAGGCAUCAACAGAAGGAUGGCCUUCAAAGCCUUUGCUAAAAAAGUACCUUUUGCCCCCAGGCCAGUUAGAAAGCAAAUUCCCGCAGGUGUUCUGGUGGAGACAGACGCCAUGCUUUGGAAUAGGGCAAGCCAGGGCUUGUUUGGACUGGCCAUCAGGCCGACCUAAUCUCUUACUAGCUUGUGACAGAUAGGUCGGCGGGCCGGCGUCUCUUUUUCUCUCUCGUCCUAAUCCUAAAGCAGGGGUUUGCAGAAGUUCCCCACCUCCCAGGGAAGGAAUGCUGGAACUACUGAGUGCUUGCCCUCACCCCAGGCCACUCCCCAGACGUAGACUGGGGGAAAAGGCCAGGCCCGACCAGUUUCUCAAAGGUCUGAAAGUAGCACCAAUAAAUAUCAAAUGCCU